AUGACCGCGUUAGCAGUAAAUUAUAGCGUAGGAAUUCCUUUAUUGAAUGCUUAUUGCAUAUUAGAUCGUCGAUUACAUCUGCCAUGGAUAUACCGUUGGUCUUCGUCCUAUGCUUUUCGUGAAAGAGAUGUUAAUCCAAAGCACUCUUAUUCGUAUCUAUUAGAGGGCUAUCCUAUUAUCUUUGAGCCAAAUCAAAAAGAACUAACUAAAGCACAAAACUUAUUUACAAAAGGAAAUAAUAAAUUCGUUACUUCUGUUAUGGAAUUCGAACAAUUGGAUAGAUUGCCGUAUACACUACCAGAGGGACACACAAGAUUACUUAAUUUUUACAGCAUUGCCAACAAGCUAUUCCUGGUUGACACGCCUGGUUAUGGUUAUAGAAGCCCUAAGUAUUUUGAAGAGCUAGUACAACGUUACACAGUAAACCGUACUAGACUCCGUAAUUCUUGCUUACUAAUUGAUUCACGUCAUGGCUUCAAAAGUAACGACCUGGAAGCUUUAGCAGUCAUGGAAGAUUAUGGCUUGUCCUAUCAAAUCGUUUUAACGAAGGUGGACUGUGUUACUAGAGGAAAUAUGUUAAGGCUAUUAAGUGAUGUCUAUGAGAUUGUUCAUAAAACAAACUGCUGCUUACCUCAAGUUUUCCCUGUCAGCUUUCUAGUACCUAUAAGGAAUGAUCAAUUUUAUUAUGAUUCUUAUCAACUUAAUGGAUGCAAUGUAUAA